AUCAGGAAGACAUAAAGAGAACACCAAGAAGCAGUUCAUUGCAAUUUCUUAACAGGAUGCCUUACAAUAUUUGCAUGGUCUCUGACUUCUUUUACCCAAACGCAGGAGGAGUCGAAUCCCAUUUGUAUCAUCUUUCGCAGCGCCUGAUCCAACGUGGGCACAAGGUCAUUAUCAUUACACAUGCGUAUGGUGGUAGGACUGGAGUACGAUGUCUCACCAAUGGUCUUAAAGUAUAUCAUGUCCCGAUGAUUGUUGUAUUCCAAGCUGCAUCGCCCCCAACGCUUUAUGGGUUCUUUCCCAUUUUCCGUUCCAUUGUCCUUCGAGAGAGGAUAUCAAUUGUUCACGGUCAUCAAGCGUUUUCAUCCAUGUGUCAUGAAGCUAUUAUUCAUGCGCGGACCAUGGGCCUCAAAACAUGCUUUACAGACCAUUCCCUUUUUGGGUUUUCUGAUCCAAGCAGUAUAGUCAUGAAUAAGUUCCUCAAAUUCACACUCUCAGACAUUGAUCACGUUGUCUGCGUUUCCCAUACAAGUAAAGAGAACACAGUUCUUCGAGCUGCGCUCACACCUCAGAAUGUAUCUGUGAUACCUAAUGCAGUGAUUGCAUCGAGAUUUAAACCCGAUCCGAGUAUGCAAGAUCCUAACGUCACUACAAUCGUCGUUAUCUCGCGACAAACAUAUCGCAAAGGCAUGGAUCUCCUUGUUGCUGUCGUUCCAAGAAUAUGCCGCAAAUACUCCAAAGUCAGGUUUGUCAUUGGAGGAGAUGGACCUAAACGCAUAGACCUAGAGCAAAUGCGUGAAAAGCAUCUACUGCAUGAUCGUGUCGAGUUUUUGGGAUCUAUCAAAGCGCAUGAAGUCCGUAAUACAUUAGUACGCGGACAAAUUUUUUUAAACACCAGUUUAACCGAAGCAUUUUGUAUUGGGAUCGUUGAGGCUGCUUGUGCUGGAUUACUUGUCGUUAGCACCAAGGUGGGCGGUGUGCCUGAGGUUCUUCCCAGGCACAUGAUUUUAUUUGCAAAACCUGAAGAAGAUGAUCUUGUAGAAGCCCUCGAUCGAGCCAUAGAAAUGAUUCAACGAAAGGAAGUUCAGCCAGCAAAGUUUAACGAUGAACUCAAGGAGAUGUAUAGCUGGGUAAAUGUGGCUGAACGUACUGAGAAGGUUUAUGACGCCAUCUCUCAGACAAGGGAUCCGCCACUUAUUGAAAGACUUCGCAGUUAUUAUGGUUGCGGUGUUUUCGUAGGCAAAUUAUUUUGCAUUAUGAUCGCCCUUGACUAUUUAUUCUGGGUCUAUUUGGAAUGGAUCCUUCCGAGGGAUGAGAUAGAACCGGCUCCUAAAUUUCCGUACAAGAAGUUUAAGAAGAUGUGUCAGCGGGCCGAUAAAGAGGACGAAUUGGGACCAGCAAAUGUGAAUUCAAUAUAAACGUCGCAAUAAACAUAAACACCACUUCUUUCUCA